AUGGAAACAAGUAAAUCGGUUCCGGACAUGCAUGAAGAUCUUGCUUUGCAACACGCACACACGCUCGACGAACUACGGUCAGAUUGCGUAAAGUGCGAUCGCCUAAACGGCGAGGAAAGUAUGGUGCAGUGUGAUAUUUGCCAAACCUGGUGGCACUUCACGUGUGCUGGGGUUUCUGAUUCGAUCGACAACCGUGCCUGGUCAUGUGAAAACUGUCAGGUGGACGAAAUAGCUAGCAUAGCGUCUAAAUCACAUGCGUCUCACAACUCCGUAAAAUCGGGAAACUCAGCCAGAUUGAAUCUACAGCUUGAGAAGCUGGAAGAGCUCCAAGCAAUGCAGAAGAAAUUCAUCGAAGACAAAUAUAAGCUACUUGAAUCUCAGUUGGAGUUGGAAGAAGAAAACAAAAGUGUUCGUAGUAAAGGCAGUCGAUUGAGUAAGCGGUCUAAAAUCGAUAAGGUUGUUCAAUGGGUGAACAGCUGUGCAGAGCAAACAGGAGCCCCGCACGCUCCAACAAUCGCGGAUGUACAUCCCACCUUCUUGCCACCAGCAUCCUCCCAUCAGAUCGGUCCAUUUAUCGCUACGCCAACUAUCGUCGGAGUCCAAACUUCGGUUCAGUGUUCAGACGUCAACCUGCAUAGUCCUCUGAAACAUUCUGCUCUGCCCACCCAAAAAUUGACUACAGUCAAAACGAUGGCAGCAGAUUCUAAAACAGGUUCGAAACAAAAUGUUGUCGAAUCCGUGGUUUUUAAUAAGAUCACCGGUACAGUGCCAUUAGCUCAAUCCACUCCAACUCAAACACAGUCUGAUUCAUUGGUAGGCGGUUCUGAAGUAGUACUUCCACCGCAAUCAUCAUCAUUACCUCAACCACCAGUAUGGGCUGCUUCAUCGCAACAUCAUCCAGCAUCAAUGACAGCCUCCGCGCCGGCAGAACUUCAUCGGUAG